AUGAAUAUUAAUUUUUCAAAUGAUGAUAAUAAUAAUGAUAUAAAUAUUGAUCUAGCUGAUAGUUAUCUGAAUAAUAAUAAUGAUAAUACAAAUGUUAACAUAGUUGACGAUAAUUCUAAUAAUAAAAGUUCUAGUAUUAACCUGGCUGAUAAUAGCUUAGAUGAUGAUAGCUCAGAUGAUAAUUGGUCAAACAAUGAUAAUAAUAAUAAUUUUACAUAUAAUGCAGAUGGUAAUUGUCAUUUUUAUGAUAAUAAUACUGAAUUACCAAGAUAUACAGAUGAUGUGAAUCUUACUUUUCAAGUCUUACUGCCAUAUAGAUAUUAUAUAGUUUACAAAAAAUGGAAUAGGUCAUAUUCAUCACAUAAUCAACAACCUGAUGUUGAUGCCAAAGUUGAAAUAUAG